AUUUCCAUCCAAUACUGAGAAGCGAAAGCAGUGGCUUGUUCAAAUGCACCGCGAGGACUGGUCACCAACCUCACAUUCAAAAAUAUGCUCUGAUCAUUUUCUAGAGGAUGAUAUUGACAGGACAGGACAGAUUGUUAGACUGAAGGCUAUUGCAGUACCAAAAAGGUUCAAAAAGUUUCCAAAACAUCUUCAAAAGGGCAUAAAGAAACGAAAAAGCCCAAAAAAGAGGCAAAGUCGUGAAGUUUCAUCAAGUGAGCAACAAAUUGAAGAGAAAGACCUGCAAAUUAUGCCAGUAAAAAAUCAACCCUGUGAACAUCAUUACUUUGUUGCUGAUUCACCAAAAAAGCUAAAACAGAAACUGAACAGGAGUAAUGAAAAGAUGUCAGUUACAGAAAAAGCUGAAAUGUUCACAACAGGAAACACGCCGUUUAAAACUCAAAGUCGACUCUUUAAGCAAUGUCAUUAAGACUUUGAAAGAUAGAGUAGAGUCCAGUUAAAAUAAUAAGCGUCCACCUAUUGGGCAUAAAUAUCAAUGAUACUAUCCAACCAUCUACGGCCUACCUGGUCGGGCCGGCCAUUAGUUACGUGUUUGCCUAACAAGCUAAUGAUUUAUCCAUUUCAUUGGGAAUGUAACUCUCCUCUAUACACGUCUGUUACCGAACAGUGUACUUCUUGCCAGUAAAGAUGCAACCCGCUAUAAUUUAUCAAGAUAUUGUCCA